AAUAGGUCCGAACAGCUUACUUGCCUACUAUUGAGUACACAAGAUGCAUACAAGUUGGUACAGCUUGUAUACUCAAUAGUAGGCAAGUAAGAGUGUUCCCAACCCAGUCUGUUUCAUAGCUUUCUGUUGAAGUCGGUGAAGCGGCGCUGCUGCAGGAAGGAGCCGUGAAUACGAGAUGGCCGUGGCUCUGUCCGUCGUCGACAGAGCUGUUGGAGCAAUUAUUGGUGCAGCUGUGGCUGACGCCGCAGCCCAACCGCUCCAUUGGAAUUACAACCUGGAUAAACUGAAAUCUAUCUUGGCACAAGAGCCGUGGCCAGAGUUCUUUCCUCAGUCGGAAAAUCCUUUCUACAGGAGGUACACUGGCCAGCAGAGUUGCUACGGUGACCAGGCAUAUGUGCUGCUUGAGUCAUUGUCUGAAUGCGAUGGUUUAAAUGUGGAGGAUCUGAAACAGCGGACAUACAAGGCCUUUGGCCCCGGAUCAGAAUACGAUACACCUGUCAAUGAUCCUUACAGAGAGAAAGGGGGUCCAAGACCUCAGCUUCCUAUCGAGGGACCAUGGAGACAUGCAAGUCUAAAGGGCUUCCUGAAAAAUGUGGAUGCCGGGAAAAAGGAAACAGGGUGCGAGGAUGAUCAGAUUGACGGCAUUGCAAAGCUGGCCCCGAUUGUGGCUCGUUAUGCCGGGAAGCCAGAACUGCUGGAAAAGGUGGAGGAUGCAAUCCGGGUGACCCAGGACAGCGACCUGUGCAUUGCAGAAACCCUGGCUGCAGCCAGGAUCCUGGAGCAUUACAUCAUGAACGGUCCUGAUCCGAGGGCACUGGAUGCCGUGCUGAAGCAGCUCGAUGACCCGAACAGAAAGAAGCCUCAGGAACUGGACCGAGCCGUUGCUGGACAUCUUCACCAGGUGAAAGAGAACUUACCCAAAACACCACAGGAGCUGAUACCUGCUGUGUUCACAAAUGCAUGAGGUUUGCCUGGUGCAUUCCAGGCAGCGCUGCACGGAGUCCUGACAGCGGGUGACUUUACCGAGGCUGUAAGAGACACCAUGCGCUGCGGAGGAUGCACCUGCAGCAGGAGCUCCUUCAUCGGGGCUUGUCUGGGGGCUCAGAUUGGGCUGCAGGGAAUUCCAAAUUCUUGGAAGAGCAAGACCCACAAAUACCAGUCUUUUCUUGAACUUGCAAAAAAUGUCACCAAAUCACACCAAGCUUAAGUAUAGUACCCUUAUACAUAGCAUAUCGCAGUUGUAGUUUAGGGCAGUGUUGUAAAAUCCAAUCAUGGGCGUCAAUAAGAAAAGACCCUCAGACCCCACGUAUGUCAUAUCGUUUACAUAUUGUCUUUCAGAAUGGUGCUGUUGAGCUUUGACAAAACAUUUAAUGAAUGGUUCAGCUUAAAUAUUUUAAGGUUGGACCCAGAUGUCUCUUGUUCUGUUAAAUAUCAGCAUGUACCCACUGAAGAUAUGUGAACUUUGACAAUAAAGCAGUGGUCUUAUAUACGUAACAUGUCUCAAAUAUUGUCAGAUCAUAGCAAACAGGACCAAAAUGUUGCAGAACAUUUUGCAGCUUGAACACAUCCCUGGGCAUAUGUACAUAAAUAACUGCAGUAGUUGUAGUAGUUAGUAGUUAGGUAGCACCAGCUAGUUGUAGUGUUACUAGCUAUGGUCACUCACACCCACAAAGACAUUUCUCUAACUUGCCACAAGUUCUCCUCAUUUUCAUGCUGCUCACUAUUAAUUCUCCUCCUUGACUGUUCCCAGUCUCUUGGAUGCCAACCAGGCUCAAAAUCAUAUGACUGUAGGUCCUUCAUUGUAUAUUUAACCUUGUCUCCACUGUGGAAUGUACUGUCUAAUUUUAAGCUGCGCUGUUGCUAUCUCACUCUACGUCACUUCCAGGUUUUCACUUUAGUCAAGCUUUUGAGAUGACCAUGACUAAUGAUGUUUAAAAAAUCAAAGUGCCAUGGUAAUUAUUGGCUUAAAUAAAUACAUGUAUGCAA